AUGUCGACCUCAAAUUGGAAUAAGAAGGCUUUCGAUCCCAUUCAAAGAACUGCAUCUCCAUAUCCUGACAAACACAGUGUUGGCCCUUCUCAUCUUCUUGCACAACACCAACCUACAAACAACUAUCAUUCUUCAUCACUCUCCACUCUCAAAAUGGUUUCUACAAAUCCAAGUGUUAAUCGCACAUCACUUCACCCAAGCGGUGUACAGCCACAAGUUGAGCACACCGAGCUGGAGGAGGAACUUCACGAGAACGCACAUAUCGAUUAUGAUCGUGUAGCUAUUGUUCCUAACCCAAGUGUCGCGGCCCUUUACGAAGAUGCCCUUGUGUACGAAACUGGUUCUGCCAUCACAUCUACCGGUGCCCUUACUGCAUAUUCUGGAGCUAAGACAGGUCGCUCACCUUUAGACAAGAGAAUUGUCAAAGAACCAUCAUCUGAAAAUGAGAUUUGGUGGGGACCAGUCAACAAGCCAAUGACACCCGAUGUAUGGAGAAUCAACCGUGAACGUGCAAUUGAUUAUUUGAAUACGAGAAAUCGUAUUUAUGUCGUCGAUGGUUUCGCAGGAUGGGAUGAGAAAUAUAGAAUCAAGGUUCGAGUCGUAUGCGCUCGUGCCUACCACGCUCUGUUCAUGCGUAAUAUGCUCAUUAGACCUGAUCGCAAAGAUCUCGAACAUUUCCACCCAGAUUAUACUAUCUACAACGCAGGAUCUUUCCCUGCCAACAGAUAUACCGAGGGUAUGACUUCAGGUACUUCAGUUGCUAUCAACUUUGCAGCGAAGGAGAUGGUUAUCUUGGGUACCGAAUAUGCCGGAGAGAUGAAGAAGGGUGUUUUCACAGUUCUCUUCUAUGAAAUGCCUGUAAAGCACAACGUUCUCACUCUUCACUCGUCAGCCAACGAAGGUAAAGACGGAGACGUCACUGUCUUCUUUGGUCUUUCGGGUACCGGUAAAACAACACUUUCAGCAGACCCCAACCGUGCCUUGAUUGGUGACGAUGAGCACUGCUGGAGUGACCGCGGUGUUUUCAACAUUGAGGGUGGUUGCUACGCCAAGUGCAUCGGUCUUUCAGCGGAGAAGGAACCUGAUAUCUUCGGUGCCAUCCAAUUUGGCUCUGUUCUUGAGAACGUUGUCUUUGACCCAGAUACUCGUCUUGUUGAUUAUGACGAUUCAACCUUGACUGAGAACACCCGUUGCGCAUACCCAAUUGAGUACAUUUCCAACGCCAAGAUUCCUUGUCUAUCGACAAACCACCCAAGUAACAUCAUUCUUCUUACAUGUGAUGCUCGUGGUGUCCUUCCACCCAUUUCCAAGCUUAACUCCGCCCAAACCAUGUUCCACUUCAUCUCCGGUUACACCUCAAAGAUGGCCGGUACCGAAGAUGGUGUCACAGAGCCACAGGCUACCUUCUCAUCUUGCUUCGCUCAACCUUUCUUGGCUCUACACCCAAUGCGUUAUGCUAAGAUGUUGGCUGAGAAGAUUGAGCACCACCAGGCUAAUGCUUGGUUGUUGAACACUGGGUGGGUUGGAGCUGGUGCUACCACUGGUGGCAAGCGUUGCCCAUUGAAAUACACUCGCGCUAUUCUUGACGCAAUCCACUCUGGAGAGCUUGCAAAGGUUGAGUAUGAAAAUUACGAUACCUUCAACCUCCAAGUACCAAAGACUUGCACCAACGUUCCAUCGGAAUUGUUGAACCCAAGAAAUGCAUGGAGUCAAGGGGAUGAUAGUUUCAAAGCCGAGGUCACCAAACUUGGUGGUCUCUUCGUUGAGAACUUUAAGAAAUACCAGUCGGAGGCUACUGAGGAUGUCAUUGCAGCAGGACCAGCUGUUAAAGUCUGA